GCCUUGAUUGUUCUAUGGCCAGAUAAAAAAGUACACAUACACUCCAUAUAAUAAUCGGAUGCAUGUAAAAGAGUCUGGGAAGCUUCGACAUGUCGACCACGGGUCCCAUAAGUAAUUAUUAUGUGGACUCCCUGAUCAACCAUGACACCGACGAGGUUCUCGCAGCAGCAGCGGCAGCAGCAGCGACUCGUUUCUCGGCGCCUGCCUCGCACCCUGCCGGCCCACGUCCCACGUCUUUAGUCCCGGACUGUGGAGACUAUCCCUCAUGCAGCUUCGCGCCCAAACCUGCGGUGUUCCCCACCUCGUGGGCCCCCUCGCAGUCCUCGAUGGUCUACCAUCCGUACAGCCAGGCUCACUUAGGGACAGACUCGCGGUACGUGCGCUCAUGGCUGGAACCCAUCUCGGGAGCGGUGCCUUUCCAUGGCUACCCGGGCAACGGCAGGCAUUACGGCUUGAAGCCAGACGCGUUCUCGGAGCACAGAGCUGGCGAUUGCCUCGGUAGCACCGGGCGGACCUACACGGAUUAUUUGUACUGCUCAUCCUCGGAUAUGCGGGAGAAGACGUUGCAGAGCCUCCCUUCGCCCGAACCGGAGCUGCUGGCUGCUGUGAAGCAUAAAGAGGAGAAACCGGAGCUCGACCCCAAUAACCCAGUGGCAAAUUGGAUCCACGCCCGCUCCACCAGGAAGAAGCGGUGCCCUUACACAAAAUACCAGACUCUCGAACUGGAAAAGGAGUUCUUGUUCAAUAUGUAUCUUACCAGGGACCGCCGCUACGAGGUGGCCCGGGUCCUCAAUCUGACCGAGAGGCAGGUCAAAAUCUGGUUCCAGAACCGGAGAAUGAAGAUGAAGAAAAUGAACAAAGAGAAGAGCGACAGCAAGGAACACUAAUAUUGUCAUAAUUACAACUGUGGACAGCACACGUGAAGCCAACCCCUUCAUUUCUCUUUAUAUUUAUCAUUUUUAACACAUCGUCGAGACUCUUUGAUGCUUGUUGUUUUUCUACGCACAUUUGUCUUCAUGUAAUUCAUGAAAGGAAAGCUAAUUCAACAUUUGCAUUUUAAAAUACUUUUUUUUGUAAGGGAAGUUCUAAAAGUACAAAUUGGGCGCCUCGUGGCGCUCCAGUGAAAGCGAAUACUUGAAAUCCUCUGUAUUUCACACACCCGUAAUUUAGGUUGCAGGUGGACUAUUUUGUACAGGAUGAAAACACAUUGUCUGUCUUGUAUUUUUGUGAUAGUUGUUGUGUAUCUCUUUUUUGGACUGUAAUAUCCUAUACGACUUUAACUGUAGAGUGUAGAUAGAGAGUACAUCUGCA